AUGGCGGAAUGGUCUGAGCUACCCAAAGAUCUCCUCUACGAAAUCUUAACCCACCUCAAUUCCUCAAUCGACACCCUCUGAUUUCGCUCUGUUUGUUCCAAAUGGCGUCAAUCACCACCUUCCAAUUCAAAUUCCAACGCCCAUCAAAACGCUAUUUCUCUCCACUCCCAUGAUAUUUCCCUCUGUAAACGUUCAAUUCUUUUUCUCUCUCCUCCCCAAACCCCUAAUCUUGAAUCACCCAACAAUCUUAAUUCAUGGAUCAUCAAAAUCGAAGAAAAGGCCCCCCAAAAUUUCAAUUUUUUCUUUCCAUUUUCAUGGACCCGGAUUACACCUCUACCCACCCAUUUUCCAAGAUUCAUGGAUAUCUCCAAUAUCCGAAUUCGUGAACUGGGUUGUGAGUAUUUCCUUCGUUACGCUGAUAAUGCUUGUUUUAAGAGUGAUUUUGUUAAGUUGCUAAGGGAAACUGUUGCAUUUUUACCAAGAACAAAUGGUGAUGAUUUCUUUCUUUUGACUAUUCAUCUUUGUGGGAGAUUAUCUUUGUUUAAUAAUGUUGAUGAUCAAUGGCAUCUUAUUUCUGAUGAUGUAGACUUACCUUAUGAUGAUGUUAUUGCUUUUAGUGGAGAAUUUAUGCUAUUGAUAUUACUGGCCGGGAGGACUGUUUGUGUUAGAGUUGAUAGUGUUAAUAAUAAUUUCAUAUUAGUAGCUAAACCUGUAAUAUCCUAAAAACUUAACCAGAUUUAAUGAAUUAAUUAGUUAUAAUUAAUCACUAAUUUGACUAAGAGUUAAAAUUUUCUUUAUGUUAUGCUAAUUAUAAAUUACUAGACUUUGUAAAAAGUGGUAAUUCUAUUCUCUUCUUUAACCAGAAAAUACUAGACUUAU